UCGCUAAAGCAACGUGUGAUCGCAAAGCCCGAUUGGAAGGAUUAGAAGACUCUUCAAGAACUCGCAGCUCUUUGGCUGGCCGGGGUUCCGCAGCUUGAUGCCGAUGCCCGAGCUCGUCUUCAAGAGGGACCUACCUACCUUUGUCGGAGCCGCCCUUCGGUCGCGGCUCGACAGCCCGUGCCUACCGCAACCUCAUGUGACACAAACGACGUCGUGUCCUUCUUCUACGAGACGAUGCAGAGCUGUCAGAUGCUGGCAAGCUGGGUCGUCGCCUCACGCCUACCGUCUAGCCCGCUUUCGAGCCUCAAGUCGGUUUACAAGAAGCGGUCUAGCCACUUUGGUAGUCCUAGGUCUCAUCGUCAACCACAACAUGGGCAGUUCUCUUCUGUCGUACCUCUACUCAAUCCCGACUCUGACCUUUCAUCAAUGGAUGAUUUUCCAAUGGAUUUUCAUCAGCAGCUUUACCGUUUCCGGGAUUCCCAUUCGAUUACAGGGCAGACCCGCUCCUGUACGGAAACAUCACAGUGAUGACUGAGACAAUACUUCCGGACGCUGCACUCACGCUUCCGGAUGCGAGUCGACAGUCGCUAAAGUACCUAGCCCGACCUGGGAGGGGCAGGCAGGCUCAUCCAAUUGACCGUCGUCAGUGAGAAGACACCAGAGUCUAUGAGGGCUGGUGAUUGGCCAUGGCCGCGUCAGGCAAUACACAAGCACUAGUGA